GCGGGGAGGUGGUCCGACGCCGCUGGCUGUGACAGGGACGGGGAGAAGGAAGCCCUGCCUGGAGGCUGCCUCUCCAUCACUUCGCUCCCCGGGACCCUCGGAAAAACCCAACACCCGGGCCCCACGGUCAACCCCUUCCCCCAGGCUCUCUCCGCUCGAUUUCGCCACCGUUAUGUGGGAAGCGAAUCCGGUGUGCCUGCCUGUCCGCCCGUCUCAAGCCGGGGCCUUGGGCCUGGGUCCUGAGUGGGUCCGGGAGGAACCGCCGGUGCUCCUUUGCCGGCUCGGUGGGCAGCCGUGGAAGACCUGGGGGCCCGAGCGUGUGUCCUCAGCCCUAGACCGUGAAGUUCUUAGGUGUUUGUUUCCGUGGACAGAGCUGAUGACCCGGAACGUUUCGACUCUGUCAGCCUCCCUCCUCCUUGUUUGACUCCGCAGCCAAUCAACUUUAAGACAUGAAGGAAAAAUCUGGAAAGUAAUCAUAAAGCAUUCCUUGGAGAGAGUUUCCAAACAUGAGUAGAAAAUAACCAGUGCCCUCAUUAAGCUCAGGAAAUGUUUCACAAAACAGAAGAAUUGUUAUCCGGAAGGACAGACAGCGAGAUGGAUGAGAUGGACACCUCAGACACACAGUGGGGCUGGUUUUACUUGGCGGAGUGUGGGAAGUGGCACAUGUUUCAGCCGGAUACCAACAUUCAGUGUUCAGUUAGCAGUGAAGAUAUCGAAAAAAGCUUCAAAACAAACCCUUGUGGCUCCAUUUCUUUUACUACUUCCAAAUUCAGCUACAAGAUAGACUUUGCAGAAAUGAAGCAAAUGAAUCUCACCACUGGAAAACAGCGCUUAAUAAAAAGAGCCCCCUUUUCUAUCAGUGCUUUCAGUUAUAUCUGUGAAAACGAGGCUAUCCCCAUGCCGCCACACUGGGAGAAUGUGAAUACUGAAGUACCCUAUCAGCUUAUUCCUUUGCACAAUCAAACACAUGAAUAUAAUGAAGUUGCUAGUCUCUUUGGGAAAACAAUGGAUCGCAACAGAAUUAAAAGAAUUCAGAGAAUUCAAAACCUAGACUUGUGGGAGUUCUUUUGCAGGAAAAAGGCUCAACUCAAGAAAAAAAGAGGUGUGCCUCAGAUUAAUGAGCAAAUGCUAUUUCAUGGUACCAGCAGUGAAUUUGUGGAAGCAAUUUGCAUUCAUAACUUUGAUUGGAGAAUGAAUGGUAUACAUGGUGCUCUCUUUGGAAAAGGAACCUAUUUUGCUAGAGAUGCUGCUUACUCCAGUCGCUUCUGCAAAGAUGACAUAAGGCAUGGAAACACAUUCCAGAUCCAUGGUGUGAGCUUGCAGCAGCGGCAUCUAUAUAGAACAUAUAAAUCUAUGUUUCUUGCUCGAGUGCUAAUUGGAGAUUACAUAAACGGAGACUCCAAAUACAUGAGACCUCCUUCCAAAGAUGGGAGCUAUGUGAAUUUGUAUGACAGCUGUGUGGACGACACCUGGAACCCACAGAUCUUUGUGGUGUUUGAUGCCAACCAGAUCUAUCCUGAGUACUUAAUAGACUUUCAUUGAUUUCACUUCCAAAUAUCCGUGAUCAAGGAAGUUUUCUUCUUUUUUGCAGGAAGAUUUGCUCUCUUGUCAUCUAGCCACUUAAUGUUAAUUGUCUGAUACUUUUGAAACAGAUAUGAAAAAAAGUGGCCUCCAUAUAAAAAGACAUACUAACUUUAA